AUGGAAGGCAAGGGUCAGGCUGGGGAAGAAGAUCCCCUGUGUCCAAGACUCAUCCUCUCUGCUGAGGAGCACAAGAGGGACUGCGAGAAGUGGAGUAAGGCCCUGAUCAUCAAGUUGCUGGGGAAGCGAAUUGUCCUGAGGUUCCUGCUGGCCAGGCUGCAGAAGAGCUGGAAUCUAGUAAGUUCCUUUGAAGCCAUUGAUCUAGAUAAUGGGUUCCUGUUACUGAGAUUCCAGAAUGAUGGGAGUGAGUUUAGUGGCUUGGAGGUACGGAAGACUGUUGCUCAUGUAAGCAUAGAGGUUGGCAGUAUUGCGGGAUGUGUGGUUAGUGGAAAUUCUUUAACUAGUCCUGCGCAAGAGUUGGUAAACACUAAUCCUAUAAAAGGAGGUAGUGUUGAAUCCUCUGUCCUUAGUCCUCAGAAGAAAGGAAGAUCUCUUGAGGUUGGAACUAAGAAGAAUGUGGUAAAAGAAGGUAAAGACAGACCUAAAUUUGGGAUCAAGCAAGCUUUAAAGAAGAAUGGGAUUGAAAAUGUUCCUCCUGUCCCUAUGGCUGAUGGUCUGUCCAAAGGUCCAGUUAAGGGUAAGCUUAAGAACUUGGCUGGUUCGGAGGGUCCCAAUAUUUUGGGUAGUUCUAUCUCCAACAGUGUUAAAAAAGAUCUUGGUGGUGCUUGCUGUGGGGAUCCAGACUCUAAAACAUAUGUUCCAGGUUCAAGAAAUGUGGAGAGUUUUACCAAUUUGGUGGGGGGGGGGGUGGGUAAGACUAGCUUUCCUACCCUCAUUAGGGAUUUAAAAUUCAGAUUUAAAAUUAGUAUUAUGGCCUUGCUGGAGACCCGUGUAGGGGUUUUGAAAGGAGAUGAUAUUAUUAGGAAGCUAGGCUUCUCUAGUUUCUUUAGUCAAGAGCAUGUGGGAUUUUUUGGAGGGAUCUGGUUACUUUGGGAGGGCAACUUGGUGGAUGUGGAGGUAUUGAUCCAUCAUCAUCAGUUUGUCCAUACCAAGGUGACUUAUUUGGACUCAAAGAAGGUUGAUUUUAUCACCUUUGUCUAUGGGAGUCCUAGGAGGAUGGAGAGAAGAGCUUUGUGGCUCGAAUUGGAGGAUAUCAGUUAUGGCAUGACUGAUCCUUGGUUGGUUCUGGGGGAUUUCAAUGAUAUCCUUUAUGCUUUUGAGAAGAUUGGGGGUCAGGAGCUUUGUUGGAAGGGUAUGGAUGAGUUUAAUCAGUGUCUUUUUAACUGCAAUGUCAGUGAUAUGGGGUUUAAAGGCCCUGAUUUUACUUGGAAAAGGGGUAGGCUUCAAGAGAGGCUGGAUAAAGCCUGUUUUAGUGAAGCAAGGAACAUUUCUUGGCCCAACAGGUUUGUUUCCCAUCUUCCCUUCUACAAUUCGGAUCACAGGCCUAUCCUCUUAUGUAAUGAGAUGGUAUCUGUUCCUAUGGAACACUCUAGAAGCUUUAAAUUCAUGGCAGCCUGGCUAACUGACUCUAGAUUCGGGGAAUUGGUUAGAAGUUGUUGGGAAAAUGGGAAUUGGAUGACUGCUAGGAGGAAAUUUGAGGUUGAUGCUAGAUUUUGGCACCAGAAUGUCUUCAAGGAGAACGAAUUAUGGAGGAAACUUCAGUCUGUUCUGGUGAAGGAAGAACUGACUUGGUUUCAAAGACCUCGUAACCAAUGGCUGAAAUUUGGUGGCAAAAAUACCAGAUUUUUUCAUGCAUCAACAGUAGCUAGGAGAAGGCACAACAGAAUUGUGACCCUGAAAGAUGAGGGUGGUAACUGGAUAGCUGAUUCUGAGAGUCUGGUCCAGUUGGCUGUUUCUUUCUACCAAGACCUCUUCACUAUUGAGGGUGUGAGGGAAGACAAAUUUCCUAUUCAGAAGGUGUUUCCUAGGUUGGCUGAGUGUGAUAAGAGGAGGCUGGCUUUGGUUCCAUCUAAGGAGGAAAUAAAAAGGACAGUUUUUAUGAUGGAGAAAUUCAAAGCCCGUCCUGAUGAACUGAGUGCCAUUUUUUUCCAGAGUCAAUGGGGCACUGUGGGUGAUUCUGUUUGUAGCCUGGUGAUGGAUGUCUUCAAUAAGCCUGAGAUGGUUAGGGAUAUAAAUGGCACCUUAAUUUGCUUAAUCCCUAAGAAGGAAAGUCCUGAGAGUAUAAGGGAUUUUAGACCCAUUAGUUUGUGUAAUGUGGUCUAUAAAAUCAUUACAAAAAUCAUUGUUGGGAGGCUGAAGGAUCUGCUACCGAGAAUUGUCUCCCUUAAUCAAUGUAGUUUUAUUAAAGGUAGACAAGGGUUUGAUAAUGUCAUCAUAGUCCAGGAGGUUAUUCAUUCUAUGAGAGUAAAGAAAGGAAGCCAAGGGUGGAUGAUGAUAAAGGUAGACUUAGAGAAGGCAUAUGAUAGGCUAGAUUGGAGCUUUAUCCUGGAGACCUUGGAUGACAUAGGCCUGCCUGAACCCCUAUCUCUUUUGAUUUAUAAGUGUAUAUCUACUUCUUCCAUGAGUCUGCUUUGGAAUGGUGUUGUUACAAAGGAAAUUUUUCAUGAGAGAGGCAUCAGGCAGGGGGAUCUUAUUUCCCCUCUUCUGUUUGUUCUUUGCAUGGAGAAAUUGUCCCAACUCAUCCAGGUGGCAGUUGAUUCUAGGGCCUGGAAGCCUAUUUUCUUAAGGAAGAAGACACCUCCUAUUUCUAACCUACUCUUUGCUGAUGAUAUUAUUAUUUGUGCUGAAGCCAGUGUAGAGCAAGCCCAGUCUACAGUGUUACCUUUGGGGGUGUGCAAUGAGAUUGAGAAGAUAACCAGGAAUUUCAUUUGGGGAUCUUCUCAAAGCCAAGGGAAAGUUCAUCUGGUGAGCUGGAAUAGGGUUUGCAGACCAAAGAAAGAUGGUGGGCUAGGUUUCAGAGAUCAGAAGCUCAUUAAUAGAGCUUACUCCAUGAAACUGGGUUUUGAUAUCCUAUCUAACAGGGAUAGCUUGUGGGUUAAAGUGCUUCAAAAUAAGUAUAAGGUGGAGGAAUCUUUUAUGCCAACUCUCAGAAAAAGCAACUGUGCUUCAAACACUUGGAGAGGCAUUCAGAAAGUGUGGGAUCAGGUUUUAGAGGGAUCUAGGAUUAUCAUUGGGACUGGCUCAAACACCUCCUUUUGGUAUGAUAGGUGGGUGCCCAAUAUUGGUAGAUUGGUUGACUGGUCCUUAUCAAACAUUCCUGAAGCUAUGAAGCAUUGGAAAGUUUCUGACUGUGUCCAGAGGGGUAGUUGGGAUUGGGACAAGUUCAGUCCUUUCCUUAGCAAGGAUAUCCUAGUGGCUAUUGAGAAAAUUAUGUCUUCCUUUAAUUAUGAUGAGAUGGACAGGGUGAUUUGGAGUCCCUCUAAUUCUGGUUCCUUUUCUGUUAAAUCUGCUUAUAACUUGCUUGCUAAUCCGAGUGUGAGCUCUAUUUCUUUGCAGUGGGAUACUAUUUGGAAAUGGGCAGGUCCCCAAAGGAUCAAAUUCUUCUUAUGGUUGGCUGCUGGGAAUAAGUUGCUAACGAAUGCUGAAAGGUUUCGUAGGCACUUUUCAACCUCGGAAGCUUGUCCUAGUUGCCAGAAUCUAGUGGAUGAUACAGAUCAUAUCUUGAGAAAAUGUCCUUGGGAUCGUAAUAGCUUAGUCUUCAACAACAAAAGUUCCUCCCCCCAAGGUUUGUUCUCUCAAGCUUCAAUCUAUGUUGCUAAUAUCAACACUGCCAAUGGUAUGCUGUCAGCUGCUGGUCUUGUUCCUGUGGGAUAUGAAGAGAUUUUGGUGAGUUGGUGUCCUCCUUGGCCUGGUUGGAUUAAAAUUAAUACUUAUGAGGCCUUUUCUGAGAGGUUGUCAUAUAAUUCUUGUGGUGGGGUAGCCAGGGAUGAAUUGGGGAACUGGAUUUCAGGGUUCUACAAGAGAUUAUACCCUGAAUCGGUGUUGAUGGGAGAGCUCUGGGGUAUCUUGAUUGGCCUAGAUUGGGCUUGGGGGUAUGGUUCUAAACAAAUUAUGAUUGAAAGCGACUCCUUGGUGGCUGUUCAUCUCGUGAAAGAAGGCUGUGUGAAGUCCCAUCCUUGUCAUGAGAUGGUAUACAGAAUCAGAGCUAUGAUGGAUAAAGAUUGGAAGGUUGAGAUUGACCAUGUGUUUAGGGAGAGUAACCAAGUGGCGGAUUGGCUGGCUUCUAGUGGUAGGCAGUAUGUUUGGGAUACUCAAUGGCAUGAAAGUUGCCCUUUGGGUUGUGCAAAGUUGGUUUUAGAUGAUAGGAGGGGCAUUAUGUUGCCCAGAAACUUUGCUGUGUAG